AUGACUGAGUCGCAGUGGGUGCAAUCUGCCCCCGGAACGGAGAAGCGCAAACGCGCCGGACUCGCAUGUAUCUCAUGCCACUCUAAGAAGGUUAGACGUCACCAAACAUCCCUCUAUGGAGGUUUCCACGUACUGAAGAGUCCUCGGCCAUCUAAGCGUGAAAAAGGUCGAUUGCCUCCUGAUACUGAACAAUCACCGGUUUCUGCCAUUCCUGCCGAUCCUUGCGGCGACGAUCGGGUCAAGAUUGCAUCUUCACACUCCAGUGUAGCGCAAACUGAUGCUAGCAUUGGCUCUGGCGAUGUGUACAUGCAUGUAGGCCAAGAUGUCUCACCGCAUAGCCUAGCUCAGCCAAGCUUUCUCGACUUCGAUUCAGGGCUCCUUCCACCUCCCGAGCGAAUCACCUUCAACACAACUCAGGCUACUCAAGUACCUGAGCGGCCUAAGUCUAAAAGGGCACAACUUGGCAGCUCCCCGCUGGUGGUGGAUGCUUGGUCAUCGGGCUGGGCACCGUCAUCCCAUGAGCAGUCACAUAAAAUUCAAGAGGAAGUCGUAUUGCGUCCAGAUUAUGGUCCAGCAAAGAGCAGCACUAGUACAAUCACACAUGAUGCUGUAGAAUCAGCGGCGGGAUCUGAGAAGAACGACCCGAGUAGCCCUAUCGGUUUACAACCGGAUCUGCGUCAAAGCUUUACGGAAACAUACUUUGAAUACUGCUACACCUGGUGUCCAAUACUCGACAGAGCGACCUUGUCGAGGGAACUUGCAGAAUCACCAUUGCUGGAUAACGCAAUUGCGACAUUAGGGAGUCACGUUCGUCCCCCCCUGAUACCACACGCAGGGCCAGCAACUUAUUACGAUCGCGCACGGCGACUCUUCUAUGAUGAAGAGGAGGAAGACCUGGUCGCCACCCUGAAAGCUGUCUCCCUCUUUUACUGGUGGGCACCCCGACCACCCUCGGUAACACACAGACACUCAUCCUGGUGGUGGACUUCUGUUGUCAUUAAACUCGCGCAACAAGCUGGCUUUUAUCGCGAGUCCAUUGCCAACGUGUCUAGACAUGGAACCGAGCCAUAUAUUCUGCGGCGAAUAUGGUGGACUGCAUUUGCCCGAGAACGUUUGACCGCGAUCUGCCAGGGUAAGCCGUGCCUCAUAGACCCCGAGGACUGUAAUAUACCACCACCAUCUGUGCAAGAUUUCCCCGAUCUGGAAGAUAAGAACAAAGCCGAAGUAUUUGUGUAUUGGGUUCGGCUAUGCACUAUUAUUGGGCACAUCGCCAAGAGACUGUCACGGUCGGCAAACUCAUCGUCGACUACAAAAUCCUUCCCUGCAGAUUUGGGCCAAGACCUUAUUGACUGGGUUCGGUCACUUCCACCCCAUUUACAGCUUCGAAUUGGGUCCCGCCAUACAUUGAACUUUAAUCGUGAUGUACACCAGCUUCAUCUGCCUUAUCUCGCUGUAAUAAUAGUCCUUCAUCUGACGAGAUCGUCACAAUCCCUUCCACAGGCUUUGCCACCCGCUACGCUCGCGGGAUCCUGCAUUUCCCGCAUUCUCAAGGAUGUUUUGGUGAGGAGUGAGAUCAGAUCUUUGCAGCCAAUUACUUGUUGGUACGUCGGCAUGGGCUUUAUGGCUCUCCUGCAAGCAUCCAGGAGCGAGAGCCUCAAGGACGGCGCCAGUGCGGACCUAGAGAUUCUGGCUCUCUCCAUCAAGGAGCUGAAAAAUAUGUGGGCAACUGCCGGUCUUUUUGAACAGACUUUUGAGCGGCUACGAUCGAACGACAAGUCCCUGGACUCGGAGGACUUCCCCAAUCGUCACUUGGGAAAUGAACAAUCGGCUCGAGCUCUGAACUCGGAGGACGAAGUGUUUGAAAGUGGUAUAGACUGGGUAGAUUACUUCCCUUUUGUCUCCAGCCAGACGAGCGUCGUUGCCGGCAAGCUUCUGGUUCAACAAAAGGAAGAGGCGGGUUUCAUUUUCUGGGAUGGUUUGGGUGACAUGGCCUCCGACACGAUUCCCAACUAUCAGGACUUUAUGGAAGGACUUGAGAGCUGGGCUGAUCCCAAUUCCUUCCUGUAG